GUCAUUUCUCCGCCAGCACCACCCUCCACCGCCAUCUCGCCACCAUCACUUCGACCACUUCAACGGACUUCAACCCAAACAUCAAUCUCUGCCCUCUCCCUCCCACCCUACCGCCAACCUGCUCGACCGCUUCGUCCUUCUUUCCGUCUUCUCCUCCCUCCGCGCAAUGUACGCCACCCGCCGCCUCCUCCGCGCGCCCAAGGGCGUCCCAACCUGGGCGCAGCACAUGGCCAAGCAGCCCACCAAGGCCGGCCGCCUCCCGCCGCAACAGUGGGCGAAUGCGCCGGAGACGGGGCACGACGACGCGCCUGAGGCCUCCGCGGCCCCCGAGGCCCCGUCAAGCCCUGCGGGCAAGGUACCCCCUACGGACUGGCAGGCGGUGCCGGGCGCGGGAUCCGAGGCGCGCGCAUGGGAGGACAUCCGGCGGCGCGAGCCCGACGCCCGCCCCGCCGCCCAGCCGGGGCCGAACGGGCCCAAGACAGACCGGAGUAAGGGCUUCAUGGACAGCUUCCGGUCGCUCUCGCCGAACCAGCGCAUCCUGAUCGGCGCGACGCUCUUCGUCUUCGGCCUCGGGAUCUACGCGUACGACAGCCUCCUGAUGAAGGAGGAGGAGCUCGAGGUCUCGGACGACCUGCGCGAGCGGCUGGCGAAGGCGUCGGCGAUCGCGCGCACCGCCAGCUCGGAGGGGCUGCGCGUCGACGACGUCGCGCCCCUCAAGCAGGGGCUUGAGGCAGCUACCGCUAAGGAAGCCGAGACGCUGCGCGCCGCCGAAGUCGCGGUCGCGGCCGCCGCCGAGCGUGGCGUCAACCGCGUCCUCACGGAUGCCGUGCAAGACAAGGAGCGGGUGGUGGAGGCCGUCGUCGAUGCCGUCGAGCAUGCGCGUGCGGAUGCGCAGAGCGUCAAGAACGAGGUGAGGAGCAAGCUCGGCACCGCCGCGCAGCAGGUGCAUGAUGCGGGAGACGCGGUCGUGCACCACGCCCAGAAGGCCGGAGGCGACGUCAAGGGCCACCUGCAGGCUGCGGGACACGCCGUGGCCGACACAGUCGACGGCGCCGUGUCGGACGCCGGUGUGGUGGCUGGCGCCGUGCCCGAGCGCACGCGCUUCUUCGGCAUCCGUCUGCGGUAGCGACAAAACACCACUCAUUAUGCAUGUUUCGUGACUCGGCUUCAGCGCGAGGAUGGCCGAGACUGUCUGACAAGCUGAGA